AUGGAUUCAUGGCUAAUCCGCACGGCGGAGUUCUGGAACGAAUGGGGGCUCCGGAUCGCCGUCCUCUCCAGCCUUGCGUCGCACGUGGCCCUCGUCCUCCUCGCCAGCACCCGCCGGCGCAAUGUAUCCCUGUGGGGCUGGCUCCUCCUGUGGCCGGCGUACCAGAUUGCCGACAUAUCCGCGACGUACGCGCUGGGCAACCUGUCCCUCGGCGGCACCGGCGCCGGCGCGUCGUCAUCCGCCGGAUCCUCGUGCGAGCAGCAGCUUGUCGCGUUCUGGGCGCCGUUCCUCCUGCUGCAUCUGGGCCGCCCAGACAACAUCAGCGCCUACGCCCUCGAGGACAACACGCUCUCCUUGCGGCAAGCGCUGGAGGUGGCCCUGCAGGUCGCUGGAGCCUCGUACGUCCUCUACAACUACAUAUACCUCGGCCACAGCGGGGCCUUGCUUCCAGCUUCCGCGAUCAUGUUCGCCGCCGGCGUCGCCAAGUACGUCGAGAGAGCGCUCGCCCUAUGGAGGGGUAAGCUGGAACACAUCCGGGGCUCGACCAAGAAGAAGAACAAGAAGAAGAAGCCGCAGCAGCAGUCAACCAAGCAUGUGGUCCUACGUACUAGUACUGCAAUGGGAAGGCGAUGGCGGGAGCUUGACCUUGAAGAAGCCCUGCGGUUCGCUCACGACAUGUUUCGCUUCUGCCAGCGUGCAAUGGUCGACUCUUCCGUCGAGGUGGCGGCGGAUCAUACCAGCGGCAGCAGCAGCAGCGGGACGCAUAUCUUCUCCUUGGGGUGGAGGAGCAUGUGCAAGGUGGUGGAGAUGGAGCUCUCCCUCAUGUACGACGUCCUCUACACCAAGGCGAGCGUCGUCCACACCUGGGGAGGCUACCUCAUCCGAAUCAUCUCGCCGUUCGCCACCGCCACAGCCGCCACCUUCUUCUGGUUCCUUCCAAAGGACAAUUGUCUCAGGGAAGCUGACGUCAUCGUCAGCUACAUGCUGCUGGGGACUGCCUUCCUACUUGAUAUGGUAUGGCUAGUGAGGGCCCUAGGCUCCACCUGGGCAUUCGCCUUCCUCGACGCCAGGCCAGGAGUUUGGCUUUACCAUGCGCUCCUGUGCAGCGGAAGGUGGCAUCGGCUUCGCCGCAUCUUCGUGUCUCUGGAUCCAAGCUCCUGGCUACUUGGCCAGGAUCCGAGGACCUACAGGAUGUGGUCUGGCAACAUUGGGCGCUACAACUUGCUGGACGAUUGCACUCGUCCUCGUGGGGCCAUGGCAGGCCGUCUUUGCCGCUGGCUGGCGACCAAGGCCGGGUUGGAGGACUACUACUACUCGAGGUGCCUGUCUUAUCAGCUUGGCAAAGAUGUGAAGCAGCUGUUGUUCCAAAGGAUACAAACAAGAUUGCUAUCGUCCUACCCAGCAUCUACUACUCCAGCUGGCCCUAGGAAUAAUGGCGCCUACUCCAUGAAGGACAUCACCACAGCCUGGGGCCAAGAGGCGGUGAAGAGAGGUCGGCAGAUUUUUGAAGCUGACCAGCUGCCGUUUUUCGGCCGAGAAUUUCAGGAGGACAUCCUCGUAUGGCACAUUGGCACCUGCAUUCUCCUCGCGUGCGCCGAUCAACAGCACGUCCAAGGAACAUACGGGAAGGCAAUUGAGGUGCUGUCGGAGUAUCUCAUGUUCCUCGUCGCUGUGCGCCGGCACAUGCUGCCUGGUCUUGUGCUCCGCAGCCUGUUCGAGGUAACCGGUCAAGCUAUGGCGGAUGUAUGGGCCGAGGAGGUGGUUCACGGCAACAAAAACAAUCGAUCCUAUUCCUGCCUCAGAUCAAGGAAGGAGAUGCUUGCAAAGACCCUGCACGAGUUGAAGUUAAUCAACGAAGAUUGGGGUCUAAACAACGCCAACACACGUCUUAUCUCGGAUGGCAUUGACCUUGCCACCGUGCUUAUACAGGUUGAAGAAAAUGACAUGCCAAAGCUGAUGGAGCUCGUCUUCGACGUCUGGAUUGAUAAGCUGCUCUAUGCAGGCACUCGAUGCAGCAGGGAAUCCCACGCAAAGCAGCUGAGCCACGGUGCUGAACUCACAAGCAUCGUGUGGAUUAUUACAGAGCACGCUGGGCCGUUCCGCAUAGGAGAAACCAUCGAAGGAAGUCCUUUUACUAUGAUAGAAGAUCAUGCUCCUCCUCCUCCUCCUCCUAAAGAAAAGCCUCCUCCUACUAAAGAAGAGUAUCCUUAUCUUCCUUAUCCUUAUCCUUAUCCUGCUCCUCCUCCUCCUGACAAGAAAGAAGAGCCUACUCCUCCUCCUCCCGCUAUGAUGGAACCUGCCCCUCCCCCUCCACUUCCCCCUCCACCCAUUGAGCCUAUUGAGCCUACGAAGAGAAAGAGAAGGGUGAAAUAUGCUACAUUGUAUCCACCCUAUUAA